AUGCGUCGCAUCCCUUGCGCCACGCUGUUCGGCGCGGAUCCCCGGGAUGAUGCCCUGCACCGGUUCGAAACGUCCUGGCUACUGCCCCCCGCCGUGCUGGCUGGCUUGCGCGGCCUCAUCGCGCUCUAUAUCUUCACCACGAUCAUCGUCAUCUGGGCGUGGUAUGGCACCCACGACGAUCGCAUCGCCAUCGGCCAGUCCUUCAGCUACUUUACCUGGCUGACCUACUGGGGCCUGGGCUUCUACCACCUUGUCGCCGCCAUCCACACGGCCUACUAUGCGCGGACGGGCCGCUCGCUGCUCGACCGUUGGCCACGCGCCUUUCGCGUGCUCCAUGGCCUACUCUAUGCCUCCAUCACCACUUUCCCGUUCCUCGUCACUAUCGUCUUUUGGGCGAUUCUGUUCAAGCCGCCCUUCUAUAAGGAGACCUUCCCCGGCUGGUCCAAUAUCUCCCAGCAUGGCCUCAACUCGCUCUACGCCCUGCUCGAAAUCAUCCUGCCGGCCACCGCGCCCCACCCCUGGCUCGCCAUCCCCGUCCUGAUCCUCAUCCUGCUGUUAUACCUGUGCGUCGCGUACAUCACCUUCCACACCGAGCACUUUUACACUUACUCGUUCCUGAACCCGGGCGAUCAUGGCCAGAAGAGCGGCCUCGUCGCCGGCUACUGUUUCGGUAUCCUCGCCGCCAUCUUGGUCAUCUUCAUCAUCUCGUGGGCCCUGAUCCGUCUGCGGGUGUUCUUGACUCAUGAUAAGAUCAAGCGCAGGGCAAGGGAUCAGUCAUAUGGACCGCCCGCCGCCCACCAGAGAGCUGAGUUUCAGGAUUCAGUGCGGGAGACGAAAGAGAUACCUGUCUAA